GGAAAGCUCGCUGCUCUUCGAUAACCGGAAAAUUCGCGAAUUCGCGCCGAUUUUCUCGCUUUUACAUAUCGAAGUAGCCGAAAAAAGGAUGUAUUUUUAAAUUUGUUAUUAUAGCGAAGUGUGGACUGUUUAUGAAAGAAAUGUACAAUGCGUCUGGUUUUGUAUAUUUCAAACGUUCUUCUACUUCAAUACUGCAUUGGCCUAAUACCAAGCGACUGUAGUUUCAACUCGAUGUGCAUUUGUUCUGUCAACGAACAAGAUUACAAUGUCAAGACGGUUCACAGCGUCAGUUGUUUGUAUGUUCCGUUCUACAAAUUUCCGACUUUACCCGAAGGAACUAUCAGUCAGUUGGAAGUGGUAGGAACAAAAAUAACUAUCCUAGAGUCUGAAAGUUUGGCGGGAUGCCAAGUGCAAGCCCUUAUCCUCACCAAUAACCACAUACAACACAUCUCGGAUAGAAGUUUUAGUUCGUUGACAAAGAGCAUCAUAUCUUUGGAUUUGAGUUACAAUAAACUCGAGAGUAUUCCCUUUUCGACGCUCAGAGAUGUGCGGAAUUUACAGUGGAUUAAUUUACACGGAAACGAAAUAUCUACAGUAACGGGAAUCUGGUCGCACAUGAAAAAUUCUAUAUCGACAUUAUUCUUAGGAGAAAACGAUUUAACCAUCAUACCCAACGACACCACCAUCACCCACAAUUUCAAAAAUAACCAACAACAAGGUCUCAAACAUUUUAAAACGUUGAUUUGGUUAAAUUUGGAUGGAAAUCGUAUUUACAACAUAGAGAAAGAUUCUCUCCCUGCUUCUUUGAAAACAGUUAGUCUUUCGCAUAACUUGAUAACAGAUUUUCCAAUAGAUGUCAUCAAUAUGUCAACGAACCUGCAAUGGCUGUAUCUAAGAGGAAACCACAUCAAAUUAAUCCCCCAGUAUACUUUUCAACGAAUAUUAUAUUUGGAAAAAGUCGAUUUAGCCGAGAAUUAUAUCAGCACUUUACCAUCGUUUUUAUUUAACGAUACUUUGAACAUUAGAGACAUUAAUUUGGCAUUUAACGACUUUAGAAUGCUGACUGACAAUUCUUUUUUCGGUUUAAAAACAGGAAGGAUAAUUUUCUCUUAUAAUUCAAUAGAAAAAAUGGAUUUCGACGCAUUUAACGGUAUCAUAUCCAGUUUGGAAUAUUUAGAUUUGGAUCAUAAUAAUUUACAACGAAUUCCAGAAGGUUUAAAACGAUUGAAUUCUGUAAAAUAUUUGUACUUAUCGUGGAAUUUUUUAAAAUACGUCUCUUCUAAUAGUUUUGAUAACUUUUGUCACAGUUUAAAAGCGUUAAGUUUAAGUGGCAAUCAACUUUAUGAAAUUCCUUUUGUUGCCUUACAGAAUUGCUCGAAAAUAUCCCAUUUUAAUAUCGCUUUCAAUGAAAUUUUCGAAAUCGAACGGGAACAUUUUCAAAAUUGGGCGUGGAAUGUUAAAAGUUUGAUUCUGGCUAAUAACAGGAUAACGCGUUUGCGAAAUAACAUUUUCGAUGAUUUGGUUGAUCUGAAGGAGCUGAGUUUGAGCUUCAAUCCAUUGAGGUACAUCGAUAAAGAUGUUUUUAUCAAUUUGAGAAAUUUAGAAAGUUUAGAAAUGUCUUUUAGUUUCGAAAUAAAUGAUUUGCAUACUGGAAUAUUCAAGGUAAAUCCAAAUUUAAGAUGGUUAUCGUUGGAUCAUAAUAAUAUUAAUGUGAUAAAUCAUUCAGAUUUUUAUUUACCGGAAUUGAAAUAUCUCAAUUUAGAAUCGAAUAAAAUUAAAUCGAUACCAAGUAAUUUUUUCGAAAUAGAAGUGCAUUCGAAAUUGCAGGAUAUACGUUUUUCAAAUAAUGAAAUUAGUGCAAUAGAAUCAAAUACUUUUCGAUCAUUAAAAAGUCUUGAAACGAUUUUACUUUCUAAUAAUCAAAUAGAAAAAUUAAGUAAAAAUAGUUUUGCAGAUCUGCCUAAUCUCAAUACAAUCAUUCUAUCUGAUAAUAGAAUAAAAAUGAUCGAAAUUGAUACCUUCUCAAAUCUACCCGAUAUUAACAAAAUCGAUUUUUACAAUAAUAAAUUGACAGAUAUAUCUUUUAAUGUUUUUAUAAACAUUACUGGACAUCUACAUUUGAAUCUUAGCAGAAAUCAGAUAGUAUCUUGUAAAUCGGAUUCUAGAAAAUUGAACGUACAAAUUUUGGAUCUAAGAUUUAACAAUCUUAAUACAAUUCCAUCUUGUAUCCAAAAUACAUCAGGAUUAAAAAAAUUACAUUUAGAUUACAACAUAAUAGCCAAAUUAGAAAAUAUAGUUUUUAUGCAUUUGACAUCAUUAGAAAGUCUGGGAUUGCAACAAAAUAAUUUAGAGACGAUUGGUAAAAAAGCCUUUUUCGGUUUACAAAGCUUACAAACUUUGGAUUUAUCUAAGAAUCUAAUCAACCACUUGCACAUAGGUCAAUUUGCUAAUAUGUCAAAAUUACGGGUGUUAAAUUUGAAUGGUAAUCAUCUCAGUUAUCUACCGAAAGAAAUUUUCAAAAGCACCCAUAUAGAAAUGCUAGAUUUGAGUUAUAAUAGUUUCUCGGUAGUACCUAGUACUAGUUUAUCAGAUAUCGGAAUAUCUUUGAGAUAUCUAUCAAUGCAAUCAAAUAAUAUUGAACAUAUCGAUAUAACUACUUUUCCUGAUAUACCGUUAUUGCAACAAUUAUAUUUAGGUAACAACAAAUUGACUAUACUACCCGAUAACGCGUUUACAAGUUUGGGAAUUUUGCAAUCUUUAGAUUUGAGUUCAAAUCCUUUGAGAUCUAAUUUCAAAGAAUUAUUUCAUUACGCACAAACUUUGAGAUAUCUAGAUCUAUCAAACGCUGGGAUUAUAUUAACACCAUAUUUCCCUUUACCGAAUUUGAUCUAUCUAAAUUUAAGUCACAAUAACAUCGAGUUCAUAAACAAAUAUUCUGUACAGCAGUUAACGAUAUUGAAGAUAUUCGAUUUGAGCCAUAACAAUUUGAAUCAAAUACCUACAUUCAUAUGGAUUUACCUUCCGAAUCUGAAAACUCUAGAUAUAUCCUACAAUCCUAUAAACGAAAUAUCAGCAGACAGUUUCAACGGUUUACAAAAUCUACAAGAACUAAAUAUACAACAUUUGGAUAAAUUGAUAAAAUUUGAUAGUGAGGCUUUGACGCAGUUGAAGAUUAUAUCGAAAUUAUCUAUGCAGACUUGGCCUAACGUAUAUAAUUUUUCGGAAAAAUUGUGUCACCUAUUUUCCCAUACAGAUCAGUUGAGAGUGCUUAAAAUAAUGUUUGUCGAACAAGAGCUGACCGAUCAAUUAUUCUGCGUAACUAACAGAAAAAUACAGCAUUUAGAAAUUAGCGGAAAAAAUUUGAAAACUAUCAAUAAAGAUGCGUUCAUAAGAUUUACGAAGAAUCCUCAGUUGGUUAUAAAAAUCCACGGGACAAGAAUUGAGGAGUUGCCUUCUGGAUUAUUCUCUAAUAUGUACAAGAUCCCUCAUCUGACGUUGGAUUUACGAAAUAACUUUCUUACUCAUCUACAUCCUGAGAUUUUUUACGGAAGUUCUAUCAGAUGGAAAAACGUUGGUACAACAUUAAUAUCGGGUGGUCUGUUUUUAGCGCACAAUCCUUUUCGAUGCGAUUGUCAUCUCUUAUGGCUUAGCCACUGGUUAAAACGAUGGACAAGAGAAAGUUUACAAUCGCACAAUUCACCUGUGGAAGUUGCGAUCGGGAUGAACGACGCGAACAAAGAAGCGACUUGUAUAGAUUACAGGAGCGGCUUCGAAAUCCCGAUAGUCAAUUUGAGACCUGAAGAUAUGAAUUGUCAUGCCAGCGCUCUUAGUAACGGAACAUAUACGAAUACCGCGUCUGUGAUAUUUAUUACUUUAUUGAUAUUUCUCAAAUAUCUGAGGUAGCA